AUGAGAGGGCUGUACUUAGUACUUGUCCUAUUUUUCUCUUUAAUAAUUACAUUUAAGUUUAGUUCUUGUGCUGGAAUUUGCAAAGAAAAUGAGAAACGUGCUUUACUAAGGUUAAAGAAAGAAGCAAAUGAUCCUACAAAUAUACUCUCCACUUGGAUUGAUGGCGAAGAUUGCUGUAAUUGGGAAGGAGUUUUAUGCCAUAAUAUAACUGGUUCUGUUAUUGAGUUAUCCAUUAAUGGUUGGGAUUAUGCUGAAAUUAAAGGUCUAAAGAUUGAUAAUUUCCAUUGGUUGUCAAGUCUUGAAAAUCUUAAUCAUUUGGACAUGUCAGGUGUUGAUUUAAGUAAAGCUACAAACUGGACUGAGGUGAUUAACAUGCUUCCUUCUUUGGUUAAUCUUCGUUUUUCGAAUUGUAGUCUUCAUUCAAUUCCUUCUGUGUUUGAUCAUAACAAUUCUGUUCUUGAAAAUCUUGAUCUUUCUUUGAAUAACUUUAGUUCUUCGAUUCCAGGGUGGGUUUUCAGUUUUAAUAAUCUUGUUUCUCUUGAAUUCAUUGGAAGUAAUUUCAUUGGUUCAUUUCCUAAGGGUCCUUUUAACUUGACUUCUUUUACUACAUUAAGUGCUUCUAGCAAUUUAUUUAGUUCAGUUUUGCCUCAAUGGUUAUUUGAUCUAAAUAAUCUUGAAUAUCUUGACCUGAGUAAUAGUCUUUUAGAGGGUCAAAUACCAAGUAAAGUAGGACAUUUUUGCAAACUUAGUUAUCUUAAUCUUGCUAUUAAUAGCCUGAAUUCCACUAUCCCAAAUUGGCUAUAUGGAUGCAAAAAUCUUGAAACACUUGACCUGAGGGAAAACAAACUUGAGGGAACAGUUUCAGAUUUCAUUUCAAAUUUGACAUCUCUAACUAGUAUUGAUAUGUCUCUAAAUUUACUAUCUGGAAAAUUACCAAGUGUAAUUGGAAAGUUAGGGAAAUUAGAAGAUCUUGAUCUCUCAGAAAAUCGAUUCGAAGGAGAAGUAUCUGAGAUUUUCAGUACUAUGUAUGAUUGCCCUCCAAUAGGCUCAGGAAAUUGUUCUUCUUUGAGAAAUUUAAGACUAAAUGACAACAAAUUAGCUGGAAAUCUUCCGAAAGGUUUUGGCCAACUUUCAAAUCUACAAUUCUGUUUCAUGGAAAAUAAUAAGUUGGAAGGAGUGUUAACAGAAGAUCAUUUCACUAACUUGACAAAUUUGAAGUAUUUCCAAGCAUCUAAGAGUAAUUUGAGUUUAAGUGUGAGUUCUGAUUGGAUUCCGCCUUUCCAAGCUAGUGACAUUUUAAUAGGCGGUUGGCGCUUAGGUCCUAAGUUCCCCUUGUGGAUCCAAUCUCAACAAUCAAUAAUGAAUUUGGACAUAUCAAAUGCUGGAAUAGUAGGUGAAGUUCCAACUUGGUUCUGGAACUUAUCGUCUCAAAUUCGUUUCCUCAAUAUUUCUCAUAACCAACUUAUUGGUGAAAUUCCAACUUUCUCAAUUUCCUCAGACUCCAUUGGAAGUGGAGGUCCUUGGUUAAUAUACUUGAAUUCCAACAACUUUAGUGGUUCACUCCCUCAUAUUCCAACCAUGGUAACUGAGUUAGACCUUUCAGAUAACUCUUUGUCUGAAGGUUUAACUAACUUCUUGUGCGAUAAAGGGAAUGAAUCUUACAUGUUAACGAUUCUACAUCUAGGGGGAAAUCAUUUGUCCGCAGAAAUUCCUGAUUGUUGGAUGAAUUGGCCGGAGUUGCAAGUUCUCAACUUGGGAGAAAAUAAGCUUAGUGGAGCUAUUCCAAGAUCCAUUGGUGCUUUAAGCAAAUUGAAAUCUUUGGACUUGAAAAGAAACAGACUUUCCGGUCCAUUGCCUUCAUCCUUAAACAACUGCACAAAUUUGUGGAAAAUAGAUUUGAAUGAGAAUGAGCUUGAUGGAAAUUUACCACUUUGGUUGGGUACAAAGCUUUCAAAUUUGACAGUCCUGAGUCUUCGGUCAAACAAAUUCGAUGGUGAAUUACCCCCAGAAUUUUGCCAACUCAGUGAUCUCCAAAUCUUGGAUCUUGCCAACAACAAGUUGUUUGGAGAUAUACCAAUGUGUGUUAACAAUUUCACAGCAAUGGUCAAUGGAAGGAAGAUAAUUAGAGAUGCAGAUGAGGAGAUGGACUAUUCUUAUUAUGUUGGAGUUUUCAGAGAGAGUGCAAGAGUAGCAACUAAGGGUAACAUAUACCAGUAUGAUACCAUUUUGUCAUUGUUUACAAGUAUGGAUCUUUCUAACAAUAAUCUUUCUGGAAACAUUCCUAUGAAUCUUACAACUCUUGUUGGAUUGAGAUCAUUAAAUUUCUCCAACAAUCACUUGAUUGGGAGUAUUCCAAAGGACAUUGGCAAUAUGAAGGUGUUAGAAUCACUUGAUCUUUCAAAUAAUCAAAUUUCUGGUGAAAUACCACGAAGCGUUGCGAGUUUGUUUUCUUUAAGCUACUUGAAUGUAUCUCACAACAAUCUAACAGGGAGGAUUCCAGUGAGCACUCAGCUUCAAACUUUUAGCUCUUCAACUUUUUCUGGAAAUAAACUUUGUGGGAUUCCGCUCGUGGAGAGAUGCAGUGAUGAAGGUGAAAAUCCUGAGGUUGGAAAUGAAGAAGUUGACAGAAGUGAAGAUGACAAUGAAGUGGAGUGGUUCUAUGUUUCUAUGGCAAUAGGAUUCAUUGUGACUUUUUGGGGUGUAAGUGCUCCUUUGCUUUUCAUAAGAUCGUGGAGACAUGCCUAUUAUCGUUUUUUAGAUAGAAAAUGGAAAUCGUGGCAUGCAUAA